AUAAUGGAAGAAGAGCUAAAGGAGACUAAAGGCAAAUUAUCUAUAGUUACACAGAAGUUCUCACAAAGUAAGAAGGAAGUUAAUGACCUUAAGAAGGUCAAUAAGGAGCUGCUUAAUGAAGUCAUGUCUCUUCAGUCAAAUAUUAGACAAAUGGUCCCAGGGUUUUCAAAUACAGGUUCCAGCUUCCCGCUGUUUAACGAACUUUUAAAUGAAGUAUCGGAGUUUUUGAAAUGUGACUGCCAAGAUGCCUUCUUUGACCUCUUGUGACCAGAAUUGAACCUAGAUGGAGUAGUCUACUUCUUUAGAAAGACUAUAGAGCCAGUAUUGCAGCAAAUAAAGAACUAUUUUGAUCCACUUUAUGCGACUCUUGAGAAUGCAAUGUGACUUGACACUGUUGAAGGACCAGUACUUAAUGUGAUGAAGAAGUGCUAUCAGAAUAAUUGGAAGAAAAUAUACUCUAAAUGCUUUAAUGAUACUGUCCAUAAGGCAAUAAUGAAAUCUAUUCAGAGCACUCUUAAGUUGGCAGAUGGAGUUGAUGAGUCUAUCAAUGAGGAAAUUACUUCUUUUGUAUCCAGACUUAGCUUAAUAUGAUUCAAGAUGUACAUAUGAGACCCUUGACUCGUCUUUGAUAUGUCUAUUAUGGGACAAGCAGCCUCGAGUAACCCUACCAAGAUGGACUCGAUGGAUGGAUUUAUCAAAAAUGGACAGGAAAGUAUAAUAAUCUUGCCUGCUGUUUACAAAGGGGCUAUUGAGAAGGAGCCAGUGAUUAAGCCAAAUAUUUUACCCCUGGACUAUGAAUUCCCAUAAGCAAUGAAAGCACAAUAUUCUGAGUAUUUGUAAUGAAGGAAUCGCUAAAAAGUUUAAUUGAUUA